AGUCGGACAGCUUUAGAGCUUGAACUCAACAACAAGCCCUCAGGCUGCUGGCCCGUCACAGCCAGUUGUUCUUUUCUUUUCCUCUCCCUCUUUUUUUGGGAGUCCUCUUCUGUUUUUUUCUCGCCCUCCCUCUGCCUGCAGUCCCAGUGUGAGUGGGUGUGUCGACGCGGGCCAGUGUAGCCUAGUCGCUGCUUGUGCGCACUCUGAAAAAGAGGAAAAAGUUGAUGAUGAGUUUAGUGUGAAAGCAGCGGCCCGCCUCGGAGCAGGCUACCGUCUAGGAAUGGCAAUUUGGACCAGAGCGGACAAAAACGGUCAACUGGACCUUCUGCUCCGAGACCGCUGGAUCCGAGUGACCGCCGAACUCACCCGAGAAACGCUGACUUUAACGGCCGAAGCGGAGGGAACCGGACAGGGGGGCAAUCACUGGGACUACAACAACUCUUCGGCGGCCCUGCGAAAUGGCAUGUCGAACGGAAACGACCCGGGAACGAGUCCGGGGAACCUUGGACGCGGUCAUACCCCGGGUCAGGACCAGAACCAUGGGGGUAGGGGGCGCAGCGGCAGCCCGGGGCGCGGGGUUGGCAGUCGGGGUCAGUACGACGGUCUAAACAGCCCCGGGAAGUACCCGAAUAACGGCACAAACUCUGACUUCGGAAGCCCCGGAUCUAGCUACGGGAGUCCCGGGUCCAGCUUCGGGUCGAGACAAGGCGACAUUCCCGUCAGUUUGGGUUUGGACGGCCCCUCGGAAGCUGUGCGUAAAGUCCGAGUUGUCAAACAGGAGUCUGGCGGGCUGGGGAUCAGUAUCAAGGGGGGCCGCGAGAACCGGAUGCCCAUCCUCAUCUCCAAGAUCUUCCCGGGGCUCGCCGCCGACCAGAGCCGGGCUCUUCGGGUGGGCGACGCGAUCAUGUCGGUGAAUGGGAACGACCUCCGGGAGGCAACACACGACCUGGCGGUGCAGGCGCUUAAGAAGGCGGGGAAAGAAGUAACGCUGGAGGUGAAGUACAUCCGUGAGGUUUCUCCACUCUUCAAGAAGCCAUCCCUGGUGGCUGACCUACCGUGGGACGGCGUCCGCCCACAGUCGCCCAGCUACAGCGGCAGCGAGGACUCCGGCUCGCCCAAACACAGCAGCUCCUCCUCCUCCAAAGACAGAAAAGUCAUAAGUCUGAAGAUGUGUUUCAUCAGCAGGAACCUCACCAUGCCAGAUUUGGAGAACAGACUUUUGGAGCUCCAUUCCCCAGACGGCCAGCACACGGUGGUGCUGCGUUGUAAAGACGGCCCCAGCGCCAAUUCCUGGUUCACUGCCGUCCACACCAACAUUGCCGCUCUGCUGCCACACACCCUGGCUCACGUCAAUGCUUACCUGGGGGCCUCGUCUUCGGCCUCCACACACCCCCAUCUCAAACACAUUAGCUGGUUGGCUGAACAGGUCCAGCUGGAAGGUGGACGGCAGCAGUACAAGCCCGUGGUCAUGGCACUGACGGAGAAGGACAUCCUGCUGUUUGAAUCGGUGCCGUGGAGCAGAGAGUCCUGGUCCAUGCCUCUGCUCACACAUCCGCUGCUCGCCACAAGACUCGUUCAUUCUGGCAGCACCCGGGGUUCUCCUGCCCAGGGUUCAGACCUGGUGUUUGCCACUCGGACGGGCACAGGGCGGGGAAUUGAGUCCCAUAUCUUCCGAGUGGAGACCCACUGGGAUCUGUCUUCAUGGACGCGAGCCCUCGUGCAGGGGGCACACACUGCCGCUGAGCUCAUCAAAGAAGUCUCUAUUGGUUGCACGUUGAACAGACAGGAUGUUCGGCUGACGCUGCACUAUGAGAAGGGCUUCACUGUGACGAGGGAGCCGGCAGAUCCAGCCGGGGGCGCCGUGCUGUACAGAUACCCCUACGAGAAGCUCAAAAUGUCCGCCGACGAUGGAAUACGCAACCUCUACCUUGACUUUGGAGGUCCGGAAGGAGAAAUGGUGUUUGACCUCCACUCGGGUCCAAAGCCAGUGGUGUUUGUCCUCCACUCCUUCCUGUCGGCCAAGCUCACCCGUAUGGGCCUGCUGACGUGAAACCACCAACAGCAGCAGCGUGGACGAGAGGACGGGCCCAGGCACAGCGAGGAGCGGGAAAGACGCUCCCAAAGUUCUGAUACUGGGAGUUGAUCUUUUCUUUUCUUUUUUCUCUCCAAUUUCUCCAUUCACAGCUGAAGCUGCAGGGAAGAUUUAACCCGCGAGUCGUAUUUCCGAUUGUCUGAAAUUUGUGCCUUCUCUUCCGACUUUCUCCUCGGCCUCUCGCAAUCAUUUGUAUUGCAAGGUCAGGUAAAAAGGAAGUGGCACUUUGCUUGAAGUCAUGCUGUGUUAAGAGACAAAAAGCUAUUAACAAUCUCAUAACAUUCUAAAUGUCACUAUGAUUAUCUGAUAUGAUGUAAAAAGAUGCUAAGAUGCUGUGAUGUGCUUAUGAGAUUCCAUUACCAGUGCACUUCAAGCAAAGUGUUACUAAAAUAUAUUAAGGAAAGGAAGGAUUUUUAGACAAUUAAUACACAGCUAAGCACAGAUUGGUUAAUGUUACCCGUUUUUACUCUAUGCCUAUCAUUCCAUGACAGCCUUCCAAUCUGCUUUGGGCUCUUUUUAUAUUUGUUUGUCUUUAUAAAGACAUGUGAGUGAAAGACGCUGUUUUAAAAAUCAGAAUGCAGUUAACUGAGCAGAGAUGUGUGUGUGUGUGUGUGUGUGUGUGUGUGUGUGUGUGUGUGUGUGUGUGUGUGUGUGUGUGUGUGUGUGUGUGUGUGUGUGUGUGUGUGUGUGUGUGUGUGUGUGUGUGUGUGUGUGUGUGUGUUAGUCUCUCUAAACUACAUGCUUCUGUUGGCUUGAUAGUGUGCCUGCUGUCUGAUAUUAAUCUUUUUAGCACAUUAUCCCAAACUACUGUUGUAAUCAGGAGUGCCAACUGUGCCUUUUUACAUGUAGUCGAAGACACUCUUUGUAAUGUUUCCUUUUUUAUUUUUAUUUCACACAACGAGAGAAUUUGAAGCUUUCGACAAGUGCAAGCAAUAGUAUUACUCUUAUAGUGUAAACCGUGUUACUUUGUUUUGUAUAAGUGUGUAUCUUAUGACAGCAUAACUUCCUGACAUUGAACUCUGUAUCAGACGAUGAUAUAUGACAUGACCAUGUGUUACCUCCCCUCCUUGACCUACACUACCACGUCGUCUCCGUCUCACUGGCGCUAUCAUCUCAUUUCCCUUUGCUUGAGAUUACCAGUCUCUUGUUACCGUUCCUCCAGCAGCAUUUCUCUGGCUAAGGAUUGUUUAACAGGCUUGUUUCAAGGUGGGCCGCCACAUGACAGAAGUACCAUUGUAUUUUAAUAAUCUGAACUGUAAUGGUCGAAUACGUCUCACCUCCUAUGAACCCCCACAGUAGAGAGGUUACUAUACACUUUGUGUCCUCCAGCUUCUGCAGGGCUAAAGAAAUGCUUAGUCGACUAACACUUGCAUGAUUUUGUCGACUAAUCGAUUAGUUGAUUUUAUCGAGUGUGCUUUGAGUGGUCGUUAAGACUAGAAAAAGCGCAGUAUAUAACAGUCCAUUUACCAUCUGUAAAAACUUAAGUUUCUCCACAAAGAAUCAUGCAAAAGCACCACUUUAAAUAUUGUGUUUAGCAGAGAUGUGCUCAUUAGGUUUCUUAGAAAUAAGUCAUUCAGCAUGAAAAAGCACAACAAAUGACUAAUCUACUAAAGAAAUCUUAGUCAGCUAAGACCAAAACAACUGAUUAGUCGACUAAUCGACACACACUCGACUAAGAGGGGGCAGCCCUAUCGUAUUGUGGUCUUUUCCCUCUUUUUUAGUCUCAGAAAGCCUAUGAAAGUUUGAGAAAACAAUUUACUCAAGGUCCACUGACUUGUUUUCUUUUGGAGCUUUCAGCUGCAUGUCAUGGUCUCAGAUCUCCUUGAUUGACUCCAGGCCGAUGACCUUUGACCCCUCCCCAGUCCAUGCCCGACUGCUGUUUCUAUCGAACUUCUAUGAUGUACACUUAGAAAUGCUCUAAAGUCGAGAUCUUCAACAGGGGGAAAGGUUUUUUCAUUACAGAAAAAUACUUUGUACAUCUAUAAUGUGUUCACGUUUCACCAAAACAAGUUCCUUCCCGAGACUAUUUAGCAGAGACACCAUGGCUCCGUCUGGUGCUUGGCUCCGCCCAAGACGAUUCUGAUUGGUUUAAAGAAAUAACAAUAAACCAGAGCACGUUUAACUCCCAUCCUGGAAUGCUGUGUGGACUAACCAGACCUUCCUCUGCAGCGCUGUGGAGGAAGGUCUGGCAAAACGAGACUAGUUCAGUGCCUGUGUUGAGACUUGACUCGUUAAUUUCAGCGGGACUGUAAUUAAAACAUUUUCAUAACCUCCAGUGGGUUCAUGGUACAUGUUGCUUAUGCAACCCUUCCCGUCAGUAGAGCCUCUGUGUUCUUUUGGGCCUCAAACAAUGUAGCAUUGUGUCCACUGACCGUGCAACAUAGGAGAACAAGAUAUCCCUUCUGUCUUCGGAUCACCAGUCCCAAUGACCAUUAUUCUGAUGUCCUUGUGAUGGUUUAACCCUCUCGUUGUCUUCAUUUCACAUUUAGCCCGUUUUCAAAGUUACUAUGUGAGAAAUAUGGGUUUCUUUCAAGGAAAUUGCCCAAAAAUAACAUAAAACUGCUUUGCGCCGGCCGUUCCGUUGAUUUCCUGAGGGGGGCGGGGCGUUGGCGCCCAACUAUGCCCUGUGCUACCCCUGGCGUCGCGCACCGCUCGGAUUUGCUGCUUUGCGCUGUGCUCAAAGUUCAAAUUAUUUCAACUUUGACCUAG